GGCCGUUCAAGCCUUUCAAACCUUCGAUGCGCACGUGAUAACCUGGGAUUCCACGAAAUCGUCUCAUCUCUUGAACAACCAUGUCUGCUCCCUUUCUCGAAAAAAUUUCAUCUAAUAAGUCUUUUGAAGGAGAACUGACUAAAUACAAGUUCAAGAGCGCAGCGCUCGGUGGUCUUCCGGCAAACUUCAAUCUUUUCGUCCCUACGAAUGCGAGCCCUUCAAACAAGGUACCCGUUCUAGUAUAUCUCGCAGGAUUGACAUGUACCGAGGACAAUGGAGCGCAAAAGGGCUCUUUUCUUGGUCCCGCUUCAUCUCAAGGUAUCGCCAUACUAUUUCCCGAUACCUCCCCGAGAGGAGCAGGUAUCGAGGGUGAAGACGCCGACUGGGAUUUUGGAACUGGUGCCGGCUUCUACCUGAACGCUACCAACCCAAAAUUCUCAGCUCACUAUAAUAUGUAUACGCACGUCGCGCUAGAGCUGCCUGAAGUCAUUGAAGCAGCCGGUAUUCCCAUCGAUUGGAAGCGUCAAUCUAUCUUCGGUCACAGUAUGGGUGGACACGGCGCACUUACAAUGUAUCUUUCUUCCCCACACAAACAAUACCGCUCAGCAUCCGCUUUCUCUCCUGUCGCGAACCCUACGAAGUGUCCAUGGGGAGAGAAAGCAUUUACAGGUUAUCUUCAAGGUGGCGUUGAAGAAGCGAAGGAAAAAUACGAUGCAACUGAACUGAUCUCAAAGAGCAAAGAACCCGUGCAUAUACUUGUUGAUUUUGGGACUGCAGACAAUUUUUACAAGCAAGGCCAGCUUCUGCCCGAGAAUUUCCUCAAAGCUGCUAGAGACGCAGGUCACGACGAAUUUCAAGUUCGAGUUCGUAGCCAAGAAGGUUAUGACCAUAGUUACUACUUCAUUUCCACUUUCGCCAGCGAUCAUGUCCACUUUCACGCGAAUUUCCUGAAAGCUUGAUAUGUAUAUAGUCAAAGGCUGUCCUGUUGUAACUUCGAUUAAUUUUGUUUUGCGAAUAGCUUUCUGCUUCGUGCAUUCAAAAUGACAUGAUACACUACUCAGAGUACA